UGCGCGCGCAUGUUCAAAUUAUAAUGGCGGUUUCUUCAACGAAAUAAAAUAAAUACACUAACUUUUUGUUACAAAAUUCAUGCUUUACGACUUUUCUUAUACUCGAAAUUGUGUUUUAAUUUAAAAUUGUUUUUUUAGUAGUGAAUUCAAACGUGUAGACACGGAAAUCGCGUGUGGAAGUGUGUGGCAAAAUGUGAAAGUUUCUUAUAAGAAAACAGUGGUUCAUUUUUUUACGUGGUAUCCUACAUACAUAUCUUGUUUCUACAGCUGUUUUGAUAUUUAAAAGUCGGUACAAACAACAACUACUUAAAUGUGAAAACAAUUAAAAAAAAAACAAUAAAAAGUGUCGAAGUGUAAGUGAUGUGAACAAUAAUGUGGACUGGUAUGGACUACGUGUAGUUUCCCGCCAAAACAAGAUGGCUGCCGUCAUAAAAUGGCGGCCUAGACGCUUAGGCGCCAUGUUGCUUAUUUUAUUUAUACAAUUUGUUAAUGGUUACGAAGAAAUAUACACAAUAUCGCAACUAUCGCCAAAAUCAGCGACAGUCGACAGACUACCCCAAGACACAGUCUUGCAGACCAGUCUCCCAGAGAACGUAGCAGUAAGAAUAGAACCCAGCAUCAAAAAUGAUGAAGAAGAACCACCUCUGGUCAUCCACGAAGACCUGGAACAGCACGUUAUAGUCGCUAGGUCUGCAGACCCUGUAAGAGAAUCUAGAUCAAUAAACAUAGAUGAGAUUCCGAGCUCAAAUAAUGAAAUUGACAAUCAUUUAGAGAUACACAAUAAGAGAAAAUACUAUGACAUCCAUCCGACGAAGACUACGGGGUAUUUGAGGAGUGAAGAUGACGUCAUACUGUCUUCGGAAGGUUUCGGAGAUAGGCUGGAGUUUAAGUUUCCGGGGGAAGGGAAGAGGGUCCCAAAAGCGCGCGCACUGGCGCCUAUGGGGCCCAGAAUACGGCCUACUGCAGUGCAGCCGAUUUUUGCGACAGCUACCCCUAGAAAAGACGAACCGAGACAGAAUACUGAGAUUCAGAAUAUCAUAACUGGUCUCGUCAAGUUACUGAAUGGUAAUGUUAACGUGCAAGCUAAUUCUCAGCUUUUAAAUGGAAGACCAGGUCGUCCUAUGGCGUCUAGGAUCAAUAAUAGAGGACCUCCAAAGAUAUCUGACGUUCCACCACUGCCAGAUUUCGAUCCACCUAUCUCUCCACCUCCUCAUCACUUCCAUCCUACUAAGACACCUCCUCCAUAUCCAUUUGACAGGCCACCUGUGUACGUGAACCUACCAGAACAGAUUGUUCCUCCGUUGAACAGACCAGGUUUCCACAGACCGAUGCCUCCUUGGCAAAGGCCAAGACCAAGGCCUCCAAAUAGAAGACCAAAUCCUGGCCUACCGAUGUACAAACCCAUGCCUCCACUACCAAAUAUACCAGAUAUACCUGAUGUGGAAGAGAAGCCAGAUGUUGUAGUUAGUGAGAAUGAGACAACUCACUCUGAGAAUACGUUGCACCAUGAAGAAGCUGAAGUUACAGUUGCAGCUGAAAACACAACUGAAACAGAACCGAUUAAAGAAGAAAAUAGUGACAAUGAAACUACAACUGCAGCUGAAACAACUUCAUCAUCAACUACAACGACUACAACGACAACAACUACUACAACAACUGAGCCCCCACCACCAGAAACCACGACCACAGAAAAAACCACGACUACAGAAAGAACCACGACCACAGAAAAAACUACAACAACCGAAAAACCGACAACCACAACUGAGAAAAAGAUAGAAAAACCCAAACAAGAUAAGAAAAAAGACUCAAUAUUUGGCGAAAAAGAAAAACCAAAAGAUAAAACUAAAAUAGAUGAUAGACUUAAUAAGACUACUCCAAAAGAUGAUCUAUUGGAACAGGCUAUUAAAAUAAUAGAGCCUUCUUUAAUAGAAAUCCCGUCUACUUCAUCUACUGUGUCUGCUACACCUACUGACGGUCUUCUUAGUCACACUCCCUCAGUCAGCGUGCCGUCAUCGUCAUCUUCAUCGGCUCCAUCAUCAGUAGAUGUGAUAGAGACGUCGUCGAUUAAUGCUCAACCGUUGCCAUCAUCCCAAGGGACAAUUCCCUACCACCCGUACCGUCCACGGCCCGGUAUAGUCCUGGACGACACAGACUUCAAGCCCCACGGCUCCCGCUACAGACCUCAAGCUGAAGUAUCCGUCAUCACGGCGCCGGAGACCAGACCUCCAGGAUAUGGGGAGAUCUUUGAUGUGACGGUGUCUGCUAUACAGGGGUUGGGCGAAAAGGGUGAGGCUUCAGUCCACAUCGAAAAUGUGAACUUAUCAGGCCACGAGCACGAUGACAUCAUAGUCUCACCAUCUGGGGAGCAAGGGUUCGUCUCCAUCGACGGCAAGAGGACGUAUCUGAACCUGUUCGAUACUUCCACUGCCGCGCCUACCAUCAGACCUACUAGGGUGCAGAGCAUGCCUCAAUCUGUAUCACCCCUCCCACCUCCUCCCCUAGCUCCCACCCUCGGCACAGGAGAAGCUAUACCAGCAGAUGACAUCCCCCUACCUCAGCAGCCAGUCAGGAGACCAACUCAUCAUCAGCACCAGCAUACACAGCUACAUAGGCCGCAGCAAGGGUUUAGGAGGCCACAGCCUACUGUCAGAAUCGACACUUGUAUCGUUGGCGAUGACUCCACGUGUGAUCAAACGCAGAAUGAAAAAUGCAGAACUGAAGCUGGUAUAUCCAGCUGCCAGUGUCGUCCUGGCUACGCUCGGCGAAUACAUAGGGAUCCCUGUAGACGAGUCGUGGCGUUGCUCCUCAACCUGAGGGUCGACAGGCUUUAUGAGAGGAAGGUGGCCUGGGACGCUAAACUGGCGGAUAAGGACUCAGACCCGUACCAGCAACUGAGCUACGAAGCCGUUCGAGCUAUUGACUCAGCAUUCUCAAUGACUCCGUUCUCGGAUGACUUCGUCAGCGGUUCAGUGAACUCCGUCCAUAAAGGAGACGAGAAUAAUCGAGGCGUCUAUGUUAAUCUAACUAUUUUGAUGCAAGAAACAGCAGAGACCCUCCGACCCCAAGUGGGGUCUGACAUACAGAAGCACCUGCUGGGGGUCAUCCGCAGGCGGUCCAACAACGUGGGCGCCUCCGCGCUCUACGUCGACACCCCCGCCGGCAGUGUACUGCCUUUACAUGAUGUGGAUGAAUGCUCCACCUCAGACCUGAACGACUGCCAUCAGUUCGCUACCUGCACUAACACUUGGGGAGGCUUCAAAUGUCAGUGUUCAGAGUCCACCCUGGACGCGUCCAGCUCUCCCCUGAAGGCCGGCAGGGAGUGCAGGGCGUGUGCCUCCUCGCACUGCAACGACAGGGGAGCCUGCAAGUAUACCAACGGACAACCUUACUGCAGUUGUUCGUCCGGGUACUACGGGUCGACGUGCGAGGUGGACGGGGAGGUGGUGGGCGUGGCCGUGGGGGCCUCGCUCCUCGCGGCGCUCGUCAUUGCCAUCACUCUCGCCGCGCUCAUGUCCUGGAGCCGCAAAUGGUCCCGUGAACAGAAGGCGGCCGGUAUGGGGUCCCCUAUCUUCAACUACAUGGCUGCCAAUACUAUCAAAACACCGCCUGUUGGACAACCGCCUUACCAGGUGACUCUAGAAGAACGGAUGCGGUGGGCGCAGAUAGCUGAAGCAAUGGCGCAGGCUAGCCAUUAUGCUCCGGAACCAGCUCAGAUGGCGACGCGUCCAUCAUCGGCUAUGUUUGGAGGAUACCCCACUCUGCCGCCAGUGCCGCUACCCAGGAUGGGCAUGCACGGUGGCCAUCACAACGGGACCCUGAACACGGUGGCGUCCAGAGCCAACACUGCCGCCUCGCAUCAUAAUUUAUACGGCUACACGAACCACAUGGCGACGGAAUCCACAAGUUCUGAAGCGUCAUCCCACGUGCAGGAGAGAGCUGAUCUACUGGUACCUAGACCCAAAUCCAGGGCCAGGAGUAUGCAUAACCAAAAUGGAAUAUACUACGAUGUUGAAUAUGAAAACGCUCCUGAAGCUAUAUAUGGCACAAAAGGGAUUCCCCUAUCUACGUACACAGUCAGUAGGGGUCCGCCCUUUUAUCGGACAUAGUAUUUGUAAGUAUCGUUGGCCUAUCUCCAAUCUAUGCCAAAAUAUUUUAAUAGGACGAUUAACCUUAUGUCAGGUAUAGACGACGAAGUAAAAUGUACUUCAAAAAUGACGUUUUCGAUUGUAGUCUAAUGCCCGAAUACUGAAGUAAGAAGUGAGUAUCGAAGUAUAGUUCUGUCUCUACAAAUUCUUUGUGAAAUGACAGAGAUGGCACGAUAUUUAAGCACGACUUAAAUUGAGUAACAUUUCAGUAUUCCGGCAUAAAUCUAGGGGUGAAUUGGUACAAUUUUCGUUUGUCGUCUAAAGCCGACUAUAAAGUUCGUGUGCUUUAAGAAUUGUAACAAAUAUAUUUGUUAACUUGUCUUCAAAAUAUAAAAUACCUACUUAAGUAAAAAUAUCAAACGUA